UUUUUGUUUAAUCGCCGAUCGAAUGACCGGCAUUAUAAAACCGAUGUUUAUUUUGCUUUCGAAUUUAGUUUGUUUUAUAACUUAAACCAGAUUUGAGUGUUUUGAUUCCGAGAAAAUAUUAUUUAAAAUAAAAAUGCGUUUUGCCUUUGCUGUUUUAUUGGUCGUUUGCUUGGCAGCUGUUGCUUUAGCCAGUCCCGCUAAAAAUAAACAGGCCCCUGCUUGUUCCCGCAAUUGUGGCGAUAGUUAUGAACCUGUCUGUGCUAAGGCUAAAAAUAGCAGCAAGGAACGUCUUCUAACCUUUGGAAGUGAGUGUGUAAUGGGCAAUUACAACUGUCAACACAGUGAUGAUCCAUUCGAGGUAAAAUCCAAGGGUGAAUGCGGUGGCAAUGUUAGCGUGCGUUUGUCUUAAUUGAAUGCUUUCAAAAAAUGUUGAAUUAAUACAAAUUAAACCAUUAUACAUAUGUAUAAGCAUUUUUUAUUAACAAUAAAGCAUUAUAUAAUUUA